UUACGACUCCAUAGAUUAACGCACGUGAAAAUAAAAAGUCCACGCGUCGUUCGUCCCGUAUACCCCGUCAGUCUACAUACAUAUCUACUCCGUUAUUUAGUCAUUCACAUUCCGAUAACAGCGUCCGUGGGUGUAGUUUCACAAUCUCGUAAGCUUCACAAUACAUUGUACGUAAUGAUAAUAUAUAUUGUAAACGUCGCUGAUACGCGAGUAGUGUGUUGUGUCGCUUCCUGUCGCUGUGACCGCUACUGCAGUGGUUACGCGUCACUAGUCACUAGUCCGCGGGAUGUGGUCGCGGCGGGGCCGGGCGCGCGCGGGCUGGCUGGCGGCGGCGCUGGCGGCGGUGCUGCUGUUGCACGCAGCACGGCGCCCGGCGCACCACGAGACAAUCGUCUAUCUGCCUGAUGCUUAUCCGGCGCACGUUGCACACCUUCUUGCUGACUUCUCCCACCGACAUCAUCAAGUGGACUGGGUGCUGGAGGAGGAGCAGAACAACUUGACGUGGUGGCGAUAUACAGUGCGGUACGAGUGCGGCGCCCGCUGCCAGGGCGGGGCCACAGUGCAGGCGGAGGCGGACUCGCCGGCGCGCGGCCACCACCUCGUGCACGAGCUGGACCGGCGCUGCGAGCCCCUGCUGCCGCUGCUGCCGUGGCCCACGUCAUGCGAGGUGACGGAGACGGUGCACCGCGUGCGGGGCGAGGGGGCGGGGGCGGCGCUGGAGCAGCGCAGCACGGCGCGGUGCGGGGCGCUGCGGACGCUAGCGGGCUCGUGCGCCGCCAGCCUGCGGGACGACGACGCCGCCAGGCUGGACGCGCUGCGCAGAGCUCUGCAACGACGCUCGCCGCACAACUGACGACUAGUGACGACGCACAGUGCCUACUAGUUCCUUUACAAGGUCCCCGUUCGAGGUCAAAUCUUGGACAUUAUGCCUAAUAAGUAAUCAAAAAGUGUUAUCGCUAUAUUUUACUAAAAAUAUAAUAAUAAUCUAAAGCGCUUAGAGAAGUGAAGUUGUCACAUAAUGACCCUCAAACACAAGUUAUUAAAUUACUAAUACAUGUACUGUUUAAUAAAUACAUAUUUUGCAAGAA